UGCAUCUGCAGCCUCAUGCGACAACCCUCAUAUGAAUAAAUAUAACAUUGUAACCCCAGUCUGCUCUCUGCUCAUUCUUACUUUGAAACUUCUCCAUCAAAUUUACACUCACCAACCCCAUUACUUACCUUUAGUCACUCAUUUCCCCUUUUAUUUCAAUAAAACCAUUGCCUCUUUGGUUCCCGAACGUCACAGGAGACACCAUAUAUAUCAGAACUCAGAAAACCUAAAUGAUUUGUCAGUUAGUUCAUGGGAACCUUAUGGCAGUCUAUACAUGGAACUGCUGCUCGUGUUUCUACGAUCGUCAUGGAUAAAGAAUACGAUCAUGAUAGGGACGGCCUCAAGUGUAAUAACUUAGAAAGCCGUCCAUGGUCUGAACGCCCGCCACAGCUGAGUGUUACAAACUCCAGGACAAAUCAAGCGGAACAGACCUAUAUCGACGACGAACAGCAUAUUUCCCCCCCUAUUCUCUCCACUCGACUCACCAUGUCAAUGUGUAGAAGUCUUGACUCUAAAUCAAGAUCCUUUCUACCAUCAAAUCAGAUCGAUACUAUAACGCCACAACUAGUGAAGGAAGAGCUCGAUAGAGCUAUGCCAACACUCUCCGAAUCCGCCCUCUACAACUAUACCGCUCAGAUUCUAGGUAUCACCAUCGACGAUGCUACUGGUCGGGGAAAAAACUCUCAGAAGUCGAGCCUCGAGUCACAAGUACCGGAGGCUCGACUUCUGAAAACGUUUAUAACCCUGGUUCUCAUUGGCAAAGUUGAAACGAUCCCAUUAUUUAUUGUUUGCGGAUUUACGGAUUCCUUGCUCCCAAUCGGCCACGCUCACUUCCAAGAUGAAAAGGCACCGCGACCUUAUCCCCCAUCACUAGUAUUACUAGUCACACGGUGUUUCGACAAGUGGAAAAUGUCUAGUAUCGACGCCUUUAUAGAGACUCAAUGGGUAGUCCUGUCCCCAUUUCUCAGCGCACCAACAACAGAUGUCUCUCUCUACGAUUUCUCCGCGCAAACUAUCCUCCCCAUUUUCGACGAUGAUGCCGCUGCCACGCCCUCCAUCAAAAUUGGUGGCUACAGUACUGUUCGAAAAGUUAAAAUCCAUCAUCGACAUCACGAUUUUGGGGAUGAUCAGGACAAUCCAUACUUCGCUCUGAAAAAACUACGCUCCCAACAAAUUGAAGACUUUCAGCGCGAAGUAGCCGCUCUAAGACCAUUCGUGGUCUCCCCACAUCCACACGUUGUUAAACUUCUGGCAGCGUUCCGGCACGAAAGUUCGUUCUACCUGCUCUUCCCAUGGGCUGAAGGAGGCAGUUUGCACUCUUUCUGGAAAGACAACCCAAACCCGGUCCCAGAUGCGUCUCUCUCAAGAUGGGUCUCAGAACAAUGUCUUGGAAUUGUCACUGCCCUGUGUCAAAUCCAUCAUGGCCACUCUACACUCGAGGCAAAUUCAUCACACUACGGGCGACAUGGAGAUAUAAAGCCUUUGAAUAUUCUUUUAUUCAAAAAGAAAAUUCGCAGUAAAAAUCUCGUUUGGACGCUCGGCGACUUUGGUCUUGGUACACUAAACCGCCAGAUGGAAAGAAACAGAGGUGACCACCCUAUCGGAUUCUCGCCCACUUAUAGGGCCCCGGAACUUGACAUAAAAGGGACGAUUGACAGCGCCUACGAUAUUUGGUCCCUCGGAUGCGUCUUCCUUGAGCUUCUCACUUGGAUGCUUUGCGGGUGGGAAGGGGUCAAGUCUUUCGCCCUCUCUCGAGUCGACGUAGACCAACGAACUGACAAAGCGGGGGACAGAGACGACGGGUUCUUUAGGAUCGUCGCAAGACAAGGAGGUUCACCAGAUGCACAGCUCAAAACAAGCGUUGUUCUAUGGGUCAAUAAUCUCACCACGGCAAAGGCAACAAGUCCUUAUAUUACGGACUUGGUGAAUCUUACACGCAAUGACCUACUCGAUACCAACAGGGAAACGAGAGCCAGCAUCUCACGAGUUGUGGAGAAACUUCAAUGUCUUCGACAGAGAUGUUUAGAGGACCCAACGUACACGGUAGCUAUUCCGCGGCCUCGCAAACCGCCGUGGCCAACCCGAAAGCUCACAAGCCUUCACCAAAACAACUCUUCAGUAUUGAAAAGCAAAACCCAACCAAUCAAUUUCAAUAUGGACCAAUUAUCAAGCUCUAACGGGCUGGAUCUCACAGAUUCAACAGCAGUAUCCCGACAGGGUCCCUUUUGGCCCAACUUCAGUGAACCUUAUGGCAGAGAUGAUGAUAUUGCAUUAUUUAAUUUUUCUCCAAACGGUAUGAUGCCUAUAGAGGGUGCAUCGGGUGGCCGUCAGUUCGGCGUACUACCUCAUCGAUAUGUCCUCCCUAAGGGGCAGACUUCUCCUACUCAAAGUAUUCUCGGGGAUCUAAAAAGCCGGAGACGAGUCUUCGACGAUAUGACCGGCUACGACAACAUGAGCCACGAGCCGAAAAAGAAAAAAGUGCGUAAGAAAGGGGGCACACUAACCCAGAAUAUUUCCAAGGAUAAACCGCCAGAUAUUCCGGAGCAGAACCCGCUUCAAGCAACCGGCUAUGAAGUCGUAGAACCGUCGGGACCUGAUGUAGAGGGGAAACUAUUCGCCUGUCCAUUCUACAAACAAAAUCCGGGGAAAUAUAACACGAAAGCCUGGAAAGCGUGCACUAUACCUGAAGGUCGAACGAUAAAUAGAUUGAAAGAGCAUAUAUACCGUAACCACUGUUCCGCCCGCCGUCGAUGCGACCGUUGCUUCGACGAGUUUGAAAAUAUGUACGAUCUCCAACAGCACCGUCGUUCGGAGACACCUUGUCUAAUACGAGAUUCUCAUAACUGUAUCGACACUAUUGAUGAGACACAGAAAGGCGAGAUCCGGAAGAAACAGCGUGGGAUAUCGGAAGAGGAGAAGUGGAAGAAGAUAUAUAGGAUCAUAUUCAAACUAGAUCCGACUUCCGAGGUCCCAUCACCUUACUGCGAUGCGAUUGAAAAGGAAUCUGGCGCAGGAGAUAAUCAAGACGGCACCGACACACUUGCCAAGUUCGAGGCUUUCCUUCAUCAUCUAGUAGAUGAUGAUCGCCAGAACGCGUCGGAAAUCGACAGUUGCCUCAACCUCGUCAAGCGCUUUCGUCGAGAACACGCGCAAGAUCAACCAGUAGAGACCAUAUUAUCCGAGAUGCCGUCUCUAACCUGUGACUAUUCCGACGGUACCGCCUGGACAUCUGAGUCGCAGGGGUUUCCAUCAUCAACACUGACAACCAUAGACGACGACACACAUUCUGCUGACUUCUCCACUGCCGGUACGGAUCAGCUACCCGCUCCUCCAUUCUGGGAUGACUCGUUCGCGGCACAUUUCAACAAGGUCUUCUCGUCGGAUAAACCGUAUAGUUUCCCGGACACCCUCGACUUAAGGGACGAUGGUGGGACGCUACCAGGAGGGUAGUUGAAGCCGCGUGUCCUCCGUUUUUAGACGUGAUUUCCCCUUUAUGUCGAGAUACCAGUUAUGGGUGUAUGUGCCGUGUUUGCAUGGGAUAGGGGGAAAAAGUAACGGUUUUAUAUAUGAGAAGAUUAAUUUCUAUUUCCUCCGAGGAUAUCAUGAGUUAUGACUACGGGCUAGGAUUUUCGAUAUGGGGUCUAUUUUUAUUUAUUUAUCUUUCAUGUCUCUUAAUAUAGGUGUAGUGGUGCGAAUAGAAUUACUUACAAAUAAGUCGUGAGGUGUAUUGUUUUGAGUAUGAC